GCAGGGGUCGGCGGCGGCGGCGCGCGUUCCAGGGCGCGGGAGCCGGGGCGGCGGCCGCGCGCCCGUGACGAGCCGUGACGCCUCAAAGGUUGCCACGGGGCGGCGCGGGGUUCGGAGGCGGGCGGCUCCUUCUUCCAGGCGCCUCGGGGCGGGCGAGCGCUGCGACUGCUCGGUGGGCGGCCGUCGGGCCGAGAACAAUGAGGCCCGGCGGCGCGGGCUGCUCGGCGGGGCUGCUGCUGGCGGUCGGCUGGCUGCUGCUGGCUGGCCUGCAGGGCGUGUGCCGGGCCAACUUCACGGCCGUCCAGGAUCCCGGCCUGGGCCGCGAGGGCGAGGGCGAGGGCGAGGGCGACGAGGAGGGCGACAGCGACGGCGACGAGGAGAGCGAGGACGACGCCGAGGCCGAGGCGGACGCGGACGUUUCAAAUAAGACAAUAGUCAAAGAAGUAGAAUUUGGCAUGUGCACCGUUACAUGUGGUAUUGGUAUGAGAGAAGUUAUAUUAACAAAUGGGUGCCCUGGAGGAGAGUCCAAGUGCAUCGUGCGAGUGGAAGAGUGCCGGGGGGCAGUGGACUGUGGCUGGGGUAAACCAAUUUCAGAAAGCCUUGAAAGUGUUAGUCUGGGAUGUGUUCAUAUAUCUCCUGCAAAUCGUUUCAAAUAUGUUUGGAAACUUCUAAGGCCAAACCAACAAGCCAUUGUACUUCCAAAUGAUUCAGCAAUCCUGGAAGUACACAGGGAAACUCGCCCCUUGGCCUUCCAGUGUGACACCUUGGAUAAUAAUGAAAUAGUAGCAUCUAUUAAAUUCACAAUCUAUACAACAACUGAAAUGCAGAUGAAAAGAUCGCUCCGACCAGACACCGAUGCAGUCCUAGUUUUUGUGCUGACCAUAGGAGUUAUUAUGUGUAUAUUCGUGAUCUUUGUCCUGAUCUUCAUAAUUAUAAACUGGGCAGCAGUCAAGUCUUUCUGGGGGCCAAAAGCCUCAACAACUGAGGUACAGUCUGAGCUGAGUUCAGUGAGAUACAAAGAUUCAACUUCUCUUGACCAAUCACCAGCAGAAAUACCUGCACAUGAAGAAGAUGUUUUAAGUGAAUGGAACGAAUGAUGUAUGGAUGACAUAUAACAAACCAAAGGAGAUUAGAGUGUAUUAGAUUCGUUAUUAUAAAAAUAAAAUAUAUAGUGAAAUGCUUUAAUAAUAUUGCCAGUAAUUUACACAGUCUGAAGGUAAUGCAGUAUCAGAGGGGGCUGCUUUCAUCAGCGCACCUUUGUGGUGGAGUUAUCAAAAAUUAUUUUUAACUUGUUCUCAACAUUUAUCAUUUCAUUAUCACUUCAGGUAACAUUUAUCUAGAGGAACACACACACAAAAUCUUCUAAACACAUUUUUGAUCACUUUGAUCACUUCUAGGGGGAUUUGCCUGUUUUGUCCCAAAGAAGAAAGAUGUAAUAUAGAAGAUGCCUUGCAUGUCAGACUUCCUCCCCCUGGGAACACUGGAUUGUGCUUGCUAAAGCAAAUCCUACUGUAGAAUCUUACAGGCAUGUGAUAACAAUGAUAACAACCAAUACUUAGUCAGUGACUACUGUGUGCCAAGAAUUGCUCAAGCGUUUUGCAUCUAGUAGGUAAUUUAAUUAUGAUUGCAUAUAGGAAAUAUGUAAGGAAGAACUGGAGAGGAACUUGGAGGUGGCUGAGUAAAUGACAUGAAUUUAAUAUGCCCUCUAUUUCUCACAGAAACAGUGAAUUAAGGACUUUUGAAUGACCACUGAUGAGUACCUUCAUUGUGCUCAGUACACAGGUGAUAGCAUCUCAAAACCGCAGUACUUAUUUCUGAACAUCAUCCCUGCCUUUUUGUGCAAUGUCACUAUGUGACACGGUUAUGGCCAAUUAUCAAACGAGAUACCAAGGCAUUAGAUAAUUUGAUUUGGGAGACUUCAUCAGAAAUUAAUUUUCAGAGGUUAUGAUAGUAGUACAAAAUAUACUUUUUUGUUUAGAAGGAUUCUCUUCCAACUUUAUUGCUAUUACUAUGGGAUUUACCUCAUGAUAGCAUUAACUCUGCACGUCUGUGAAGACAAUGUUGUAAAUGGCAUUUACAGUAUACCUCUCUGUGGUAGACUAGAAAUAGGCCAUGUUGUGGAAUUAUCCAUGCUUUCUGUUAUAUGGCAUUUGUGUUUGAGAGAAGCAAUGAAGAAUUGGCUGGAAAAUGAUUUUGUUAUCUGUUUUGGGAAUUCCA